UUUCGAUUUGAAGAAUCUGAAAAGUACAGUAUCAUUUUGAUGAUUUAGAUGGAAUUUUGUUUGCUUGUGUAAUGAAUUUGUUUGAACAAAACAUAAUAUGACAUAAAAUUGAAUUGAACUACAAUUGAGUGCAAAUUGUUAAAGAGCAUGUGAUAAAAACGUUUUUUAAUGUGUUUACAAUAAACUAUAAUAAUGUACUCGUUCGAGGGAGAUUUUAGACGAAAACCAAAGCAAAAUCUAGCAGGAGCUAGUGCUCAACGCAAAACUGACAGAGAAUCACUUAUUCUUCAGUCACAACAACAAAGACAAAAGCGUGAGGAACAUAGAAAACGGCUACAUAGUACAAUAAAAAUACAGGCAUACGUACGCAGCUAUCUAACACGAAAGCACUAUAAGCAGAAUGAAAGAGAUGAGUUCGAUGUUAUCUUUUCUAAAGCUAACAUUGCUGAUCAAUCUUUGACUAUAUUGCUUUUGGCAAAGAUACUAUUCUUUUAUGAUGAUAAAAAGGAUCGUGCGCGAUUGGUAUCCUUAUCACAACACUUGCUUAAGCAAAAGAACAAACUGUUACAAAAUGAGGGAUCUCUAAUACAAAUUAGAAGGCUUCUGGCCUUGCUCUUAUGUUUAUUAAGAGAUGAUAGUGAAGUUCCUUUGGCAGUACCUCUUAGAAUGUUUGAAGUUUUCACUUCUUUGAGUAAUGAGAUGUCAAUGUGCUAUGAUGAUGCUAUUAAAAAUAUUGGAGCAACAUUUUUGUACUUAAUAAAGAGGGGCUAUUUUAAAGAUCUACAGCAACUGUUAUGUCGAAAAACUCCACCAUUGUAUGGACCAUCUCCAAACCCACCAACUCCAUUGUGUGGAGCGCUAUUAGAUCUGAUACAGAGGCCACUUCAAUUGACUAGUCAUAUAAACAUAGCAGAAUAUGAUGAUACAGUGAUGACAGAAUUCGCCGCAUCAUUUCUUUGUAAUCCAUAUCCCGAACCAGUUGAAAUGUAUGUGUUGCCAGCGUUUACACAGGAUACAAAUAAAAAAUUUCCAUUUCUGCAAUUGCUGUGUUGUCUCAGUGACGAUAAGUUUAGUUCUAGAAGAUUGUUAAAUGAUUCGUGGCUACUGCAUUCAGUGUUGACUCUGGAACCACCUGACUUUGCAAAUGAUAUACGAAAAAUAGAUAAUACAAGACUGCCACAUAAUCGUAUUGUCAUAGAAUAUUUAAAAGUAAUUGCCAAAUUAACAGUUAAUGUAUGUAAUAAGCAAAUAACUUAUGAUUAUGAAGAUUCGUUGUACAGUCAAGAAACAGCAGCAGAUAACAGUGACGACAGUGACACUGAAGAUGAACCAAACCCGACAUCGGUCAGAGAACAGAUGUUGCUCACGAGGUGUAUAGAAAUGUUAAAUGAACCAGAACGAUGCAUUUUAACUACAUGUUCGCAGAUAACAGAAAGUGAUUUAAGUGAUGAGUUCCUUGAUAGUAUGUCAAAAAUAUGUCAUAAUUUACUAUUAAGUCAUAGGAUGGCGUUGCAUAAAUAUAGGUUACUGUACACAUUAGCAUUUAAACCAAUCUUCCUACGAGGCUUAUGGCAGUGGUUAAGCAGUAUGACACAUGAAUCCUCAUUUGGUGGAUCAGCAACUCCUUUACUGUCUGCGCUUUCAAGAGGCAUGGGCUCGGAAACGUCAGUCAUAGGAGUACAUAGACUGUUAGCUCCAUUGGCUGUUUUCUGUGCACUGUUUUCUCUGUUAAUCGGAACAUUGCAUGAUACUGAAUUCUUCAGAGAUACAAAUGGAGAAGAAAAAAUGAUUGAAACAAGCGAGUCAAACACAGGAGUUUCUGGUCGUAUUCAUGCAUUUGAUUUCUCCGAACUAGGAGGACUAUGUCGGACUCUGAAACAAGUGUGUCUAGGAUUAGUAGAAUUAGCAUAUCCAGAAUCCAGACCAUCUAUAUUUGGACAGUAUAAGGACGCAGUCGGGGCCAGUCACGAUUUAAAUGAAAGAAAUCAAACACCGGCAUGGGCUCACUUGUUUAAGGUGUGCACGCAGCUGCUGUGCGCGCUGUACGGGCGCGACGCGCGGCUGCAGUUCUGCGGCGCGGAGGCGUGGCCGGCGAGCGCGGGCGCGGGCGUGGCGGGCGACGCGCAGGCGGCGCUGGCGGCGGCGCGCGCCCGCCCGCGCCCCUACCAAAAUGUAAUCGUAAUGUUUUCAGAUGAGGGACCACCUCUAACCAUCAAAGAAUUAAGAACGGUUACGAUUUUGAGAGAAAUUCCAUUUGUUGUCCCGUUUUCGACCCGAGUUUUGAUAUUCCAUGGUCUCUUAAUGAAAGAAAAGCAAGAUCACUGGUACGAGAUUACAAAUUUCAAUGAGGGUCCAUCCAUUGUAAUCAGUGUUCGACGCACCCAUUUAUAUGAAGACGCUUUUGAUAAAUUGAGUCCUGAUAAUGAACCAGAUCUCAAGCUGAAACUUCGUGUUCAGUUGAUAAACCAGGCGGGCGCGGAGGAGCCCGGCGUCGAUGGAGGCGGACUUUUUAGAGAAUUCCUUUCUGAACUGUUAAAGUCUGCUUUCGAUCCAAACCGAGGUCUUUUCAGACUAACAAAAGACAAUAUGUUGUAUCCCAACCCUGGCGUUCACUUGCUGUACGACGAUUUUCCGUUGCACUACUUUUUUGUCGGAAGGAUGUUAGGAAAGGCUCUGUACGAGAACCUGCUGGUGGAGCUGCCGCUGGCCGAGUUCUUCCUCGCCAAGCUGUGCUCGUCCCGCGAGCCGGACGUGCACGCGCUGGCGUCGCUGGACCCCGGCCUGUACCGCGGCCUGCUGCUGCUGCGCGCGCACCGCCGCCGCGACGUGCCCGACCUCGGCCUCGACUUCACGCUGCUCAGCGACGAGCUCGGCGAGCAGCGGAUAGAAGAACUUAAACCGGGUGGUGCAAACAUUCCAGUGACAGCCGAAAAUAGAAUAGAAUAUAUACAUCUUGUAGCUGAUUACAAAUUGAAUAGACAAAUAAGAGCUCAGUGCAACGCGUUCAAGCGCGGGCUUACGUCUGUGGUGAACGCGGAGUGGCUGCGGAUGUUCUCCUGCAGGGAGUUGCAACUUUUGAUAUCGGGCGCUGAGGUGCCCAUCGACCUCGAUGACCUCAGGAGAAACACUCAAUAUGGAGGGGGUUUCACGGCGAACCACCCAACGGUGCAGUGUUUCUGGAAGGUGGUGGAAAAUUUUACCGACGAUCAGCGCCGGCAGCUGCUCAAGUUUGUUACCAGUUGCUCGAGGCCGCCGCUUUUGGGUUUUAAGGACCUGCAGCCGCCGUUCUGCAUCCAGUCGGCGGGCGCGGCGGACCGCCUGCCGUCGUCGUCCACCUGCAUGAACCUGCUCAAGAUCCCGGAGUACGGCGCCGAGGAGACGCUCGCCGAGAAGCUCCUCUACGCCAUCCAGGCCGGAGCCGGCUUCGAGCUCAGUUAACUCCGCUCGCUGGACUUUUGUGAGGUUAUUUGUGGAGAAAACAAAUCAACCACAAGAGCAAGAUUUGUGGUGUCUUCUACAUAUGGAGUUAUUGUUUUUGUCGUCGUCGUCGAUCGUUAAUCUUAAUGUGAUAAAGUUAACUCUUUGAGGAGAUGUAAAUAAAUGUUACCAUCAUUCGAUGUAUGUACAUUUAUUUAUUUAUAGAGACCACUGUAUCUCAAAUAUAUUGUAAAAAUAUUGUUUUUUCAUUUUAUACAAAAAAAAAAAUACUCAAAAAUGUUAAAAAAUAGACGUUCAAGUUUAUGUGGUGUUGUAAAUAGAUAAUAGGUUGAAUUGAAAUAAAAUUAGUUUUAAAUUAAAUGUGAUGGGUAUAUUUUUUGAAUAUAAAAAUAUCGGUUUUCGUAUGUACGUUAUGAAACUUAUCUUUACCUUAUAAUUGAAAGUGUCAAAUAAAAUAUUAAAAACCGUA